GCUCCGGAAUCUCAUCCUCUGGCCCUGGAGCUGCUGCUGCUGCUGCUGCUUUUGCUUUUGGGGCUGAGUUUAAUAAGCGAGCGAGCGAGCAAGCGAACGCGGGGGGGAAAAAGGCAGAGAAUGUCCGCCAUCUACCCUCCGCUCCUGGGCGCGCUCUCAUUCAUAGCAGCCUCUUCAUGAAUUACAGCUGAGGGGGGCGGGGGAGGGGGGUACCACACAACACCCCAGCAAACCUCCGGGCCCCCAGGCAUGGCUAGCUCGUGUGCCGUGCAGGUGAAGCUGGAGCUGGGGCACCGCGCCCAGGUGAGGAAAAAACCCACCGUGGAAGGCUUCACCCACGACUGGAUGGUGUUCGUGCGCGGGCCGGAGCACAGUAACAUUCAGCACUUUGUGGAGAAAGUCGUCUUCCACUUGCACGAAAGCUUUCCUAGGCCAAAAAGAGUGUGCAAAGAUCCACCUUACAAAGUAGAAGAAUCUGGGUAUGCUGGUUUCAUUUUGCCAAUUGAGGUUUAUUUUAAAAACAAGGAAGAACCUAAGAAGGUUCGUUUUGAUUAUGACUUAUUCCUGCAUCUUGAAGGCCAUCCACCAGUGAAUCACCUCCGCUGUGAAAAGCUUACCUUCAACAACCCCACAGAGGAGUUCAGAAGAAAGUUGCUGAAGGCAGGAGGGGACCCCAACAGGAGUAUCCAUCCCAGCGGCAGCAGCAGCAGCAGCAGUUGUAGCAGCAGCAGCAGCAGCAGCAGCAGCAGUAGCAGCAGCAGCAGCAGUAGCAGCAGCAGCAGCAGCAGCAGCAGUAGCAGCAGUAGCAGCAGCAGCAGUUUUUCCAAGCCUCACAAAUUAACGAAGGAGCACAAGGAAAAACCUUCUAAAGACUCCAGAGAACAUAAAAGUGCCUUCAAAGAACCUUCCAGGGAUCACAACAAAUCUUCCAAAGAAUCCUCUAAGAAACCCAAAGAAAAUAAACCACUGAAAGAAGAAAAGAUCGUUCCUAAGAUGGCCUUCAAGGAACCGAAACCCAUGUCGAAAGAGCCAAAACCAGAUAGUAACUUACUCACGGUCACCAGUGGACAGCAAGAUAAGAAGGCUCCUAGUAAAAGACCCCCCAUUUCAGAUUCCGAAGAACUCUCAGCCAAAAAAAGGAAAAAGAGUAGCUCAGAGGCUUUAUUUAAAAGUUUUUCUAACGCGCCACCGCUUAUACUCACUUGUUCUGCUGAUAAAAAACAGAUGAAAGAUAAAUCUCAUGGCAAGAUGGGAAAGGUCAAAAUUGAAAGUGAGACGUCAGAGAAGAAGAAAUCAACUUUACCGCCAUUUGAUGAUAUCGUGGAUCCCAAUGAUUCCGACGUGGAGGAGAAUAUGUCCUCUAAAUCUGAUUCUGAACAACCCAGUCCUGCCAGUUCCAGCUCUAGCUCCAGCUCCAGCUUCACACCGUCCCAGACCAGGCAACAAGGUCCUUUAAGGUCUAUAAUGAAAGAUCUGCAUUCUGAUGACAAUGAGGAAGAAUCAGAUGAGGCAGAGGAUAAUGACAAUGACUCCGAAAUGGAGAGACCUGUAAAUAGAGGAGGCAGCCGAAGUCGCAGAGUUAGCUUAAGUGAUGGCAGUGAUAGUGAAAGCAGUUCUGCUUCCUCACCCCUACAUCACGAACCGCCACCACCCUUAUUAAAAACCAACAACAACCAGAUUCUUGAAGUGAAAAGUCCAAUAAAGCAAAGCAAAUCAGAUAAGCAAAUAAAGAAUGGUGAAUGUGACAAGGCGUACCUAGAUGAACUGGUAGAGCUUCACAGAAGGUUGAUGACGCUGAGGGAAAGACACAUUCUUCAGCAGAUUGUGAACCUUAUAGAAGAAACUGGACACUUUCAUAUCACAAACACAACAUUUGAUUUUGACCUUUGCUCGCUGGACAAAACCACAGUCCGUAAACUACAGAGUUACCUGGAAACAUCUGGAACAUCCUGAGGCUACAAUAACUGGAUGCAUCAAAAACUCUGGUUUUUUUUUUGUUUUGGUUUUUUUUUUUUUGGUUGUGAUUUUUUUUCUUGUUUGUUUAUAUGGAAACACUCAGAAUGAUGCAACCAAAAGGGAAAAAAUAAAAAGCAAACAACCU